GCCGGCUCCCGGCCCUGAGCCGCUCCUCCGGCCCGGCCAGCCCCGGGGAGCCGAGCCUUUGCCGCCCCGGCCCGGUCAGCCCUGCCCUGCCCCGCCCCGCCCCGGCCGGGCCGCCCCGGCGGGCGGAAGAUGCUGCGCACCGGGGGCCGGUAGUACUAUGAUUUGGUAUGUGGCCGCUUUGGUAGCAAGUCUGCUCGGUGCCCGCGGGCUGCCCGUCCAAGGUGCCCUUGGCUCGAGGGAGGAGCCCGAGUUCGUGACCGCUCGGGCCGGCGAAAGCGUGAUCCUGGGAUGCGACGUGAUCCACCCGCUCACCGGGCAGCCCCCUCCCUAUGUCGGUGGAGUGGUUCAAGUUCGCGGCGUCCCCUUCCCCUUCUUCAUCAAGUUCGGGUUUUACCCUCGCAUGCUCGACCCGGAGUAUGCCGGUGAGCGGGCCAGCCUGCACGACAAAGCCUCGCUGCGCAUUGAGCAGGUCGCUCCGAGGACCAGGGCUGGUACGAGUGGCAAAGUGCUCAUGCUGGACCAGCAGUACGACACCUUCCACAACGGCAGCUGGGUCCACCUCACGGUCAACGCUCCCCCCACCUUCACGGAGACACCGCCGCAGUACGUAGAGGCGAAGGAAGGCAGCAGUGUCACCCUGACUUGCAUGGCAUUCGGGAACCCCAAGCCCAUUGUCACCUGGCUGAAAGAGGGAGACCUUUUGGGUGCCAAUGGCAAGUACCAGGUGAGCGAUGGGAGCCUGACGGUGCUCUCGGUCAGCCGUGAGGACAGGGGAGCCUACACCUGCCGAGCCUACAGCAUCCAGGGAGAGGCUGUGCACACCACGCGCCUGCUGGUGCAAGGACCUCCCUUCAUUGUUUCCCCUCCGGAGAACAUCACAGUCAACAUCUCCCAGGAUGCUCUCUUCACCUGCCAGGCCGAGGCAUACCCUGGGAACCUCACCUACCUGUGGUACUGGGAGGAGGAGAAUGUCUACUUCAAGAACGACCUGAAGCUGAGGGUGCGGAUCCUGAUCGACGGGACGCUGAUCAUCUUCCGCGUGAAGCCCGAGGAUGCCGGGAAGUACACCUGCAUCCCCAGCAACAGCCUGGGCCGCUCGCCCUCGGCCUCCGCCUACCUGACGGUGCAGUAUCCUGCCCGCGUGGUGAACAUGCCCCCUGUCAUCUACAUUCCCAUCGGGAUACACGGAUACAUCCGCUGCCCGGUGGAGGCGGAGCCCCCGGUGACGCUGGUCAAGUGGAACAAAGACGGACGUCCCCUGCGCAUCGAGAAGUAUGCUGGCUGGAACCUGCUGGAGGAUGGCUCGAUCCGCAUCGAGGAGGCAACCGAAGAUGCUCUCGGCACUUACACCUGUGUGCCUUAUAACGCCCUGGGUACGAUGGGCCAGUCCCCCCCUGCCCGACUGGUACUGAAGGACCCCCCCUAUUUCACGGUGCUACCAGGCUGGGAGUACAGACAGGAGGCAGGGAGGGAGCUGUUGAUUCCUUGCGCUGCUGCCGGAGAUCCCUUUCCCAUCAUCGCCUGGAGAAAGGUAGGGAAGCCCAGCAGGAGCAAGCACAACACGCUGCCCGGCGGCACCCUGCAGAUCCGCUCCCUCGGCAAGGACGACCACGGCGAGUGGGAGUGCGUUGCCACCAACAUCGUCGCAAGCAUUACUGCCAGCACCCACCUCACUGUCGUAGGCACAAGCCCUCACGCCCCGACCAGCGUCCACGUUGUGGCUGCCAUGACCUCAGCCAACGUCUCCUGGGAGCCCGGCUACGACGGUGGAUACGAGCAGACUUUCUCAGUUUGGAUGAAGAGAGCCCAGUUUGGCCCCCAUGACUGGCUGUCUCUCCCUGUGCCAGCUGGUUCCAGUUGGCUACUGGUGGAUACCUUGGAACCAGAGACUGCUUACCAGUUCAGUGUCUUGGCUCAAAACAAGCUGGGUACCAGCUCCUUCAGUGAGGUGGUCACUGUGAACACUCUAGCAUUCCCUGUAACAACUCCAGAGCCUCUGGUGUUGGUUACCCCACCGAGGUGCCUAACAGCCAACCGGACACAGCAAGGCGUCCUCUUGUCGUGGCUUCCUCCUGCUAACCACAGCUUCCCCAUCGACCGCUACAUCAUGGAGUUCCGCCUCGCCGAGAGGUGGGAGAUCUUGGACGAUGGCAUCCCAGGCACCGAGGGCGAGUUCUUUGCCAAGGACUUGUCCCAGGACACCUGGUAUGAGUUCCGGGUCCUGGCGGUCAUGCAGGAUCUCAUCAGUGAACCCAGCAACGUUGCUGGCGUGUCCAGUACAGACGUAUUCCCUCAGCCUGACCUGACGGAGGAGGGUCUGGCCCGCCCGGUGCUGGCUGGCAUUGUUGCCACCAUCUGCUUCCUGGCUGCUGCCAUCCUCUUCAGCACACUCGCUGCCUGCUUCGUCAACAAGCAACGCAAACGAAAGCUCAAGCGCAAGAAAGACCCUCCUCUCUCGAUAACACACUGCAGGAAGAGUUUGGAGUCCCCGUUGUCUUCCGGCAAGGUGAGUCCCGAGAGCAUCCGCACGCUCCGUCCCCCCUCAGAGUCCUCUGACGACCAAGGGCCCCAGGCCAAGCGGAUGCUGAGCCCCACCAAGGAGAAGGAACUCUCCCUUUACAAGAAGACCAAACGAGCCAUCAGCAGCAAGAAGUACAGCGUCUCCAAGGCGGAGGCCGAAGCCGAGGCCACCACCCCCAUCGAGCUCAUCAGCCGCGGGCCAGACGGCCGCUUUGUCAUGGACCCGGCGGAGAUGGAGCCCUCCCUGAAGACGCGGCGGAUCGAGGGAUUCCCCUUCGUGGAGGAGACGGACAUGUACCCCGAGUUCAGGCAGUCGGAUGAGGAGAACGACGACCCUGUCGUCCCCACCUCUGUCAGCGCCCUGAAAUCCCAGCUCACCCCUCUGUCCUCCAGCCAGGAGUCCUACCUUCAGCCACCAGCAUACAGCCCCCGGUUCCACCGGGCGCUGGAGGGUCCCGGCGCCCUGCAGGCCACUGGCCAGGCCCGCCCGCCGGCCCCCCGGGCAUUCCACCACCAGUUUUACGGUUACCUCAGCAGCAGCAGCCCCGGGGAGGUGGACCCGCCGCCCUUCUACAUGCCAGAAGUCAGCCCGCUCAGCUCGGUCAUGUCCUCCCCGCCGCUGCCCCCCGAGGGGCCCUUCGGACACCCCACCAUCCCCGAGGAGAACGGGGAGAACGCCUCCAACAGCACGCUGCCCCUGGCCCAGACCCCCACGGGUGGCCGGUCACCCGAGAACUGGGGCAGGGCCGAGUUCCCCUUCGGCGGCCUGGAGCCAGCCCCCGCGCCGUUCCCCCACCAGCUCCAGCCCUGCGAGGCGGCUGAGGGCGCCCAGCCUACCGGCUGCCUUCCUCGGGGGCCACCUCCCUCCUCCCUCCAGGUGGUCCCCGCAUCCUACCCGGGCAUCUUGCCCCUGGAGGCACCAAAGAGCUGGACCGGCAAGUCACCCGGCAGGGGCCAAUCCUCUGUGCCCACCACCACCAAGUGGCAGGACAAACCUAUGCAACCCAUGGGAUGUCAAGGGCAGCUAAGACAUACCAGCCAAGGUAUGGGCAUACCCGUGUUGCCUUACCACGAACCGUCCGAGCCCGUCGGCCCCAGCGGCACAAGCACAUUCAGCCUGGACACCAGGUGGUACGAGCCCCAACCCCGACCUCGGCCCAGCCCUCGGCAGGUCAGGAGGGCCGAGCCCAGUUUACAUCAGGUGGUGCUACAACCUUCGAGGCUAUCUCCUCUGACCCAAAGCCCCCUCAGCUCCCGCAACAGCUCCCCGGAGCUGACCGCCCGCGCCCGGCCCCGCCCGGGCCUCAUCCAGCAAGCGGAGGUGUCGGAGAUCACCCUGCAGCCCCCCGCGGCGGUCAGCUUCUCCCGCAAGUCCACGCCGUCCACGGGAUCCCCUGCGCCGAGCAGCCGGGGAGGCAGCCCCAGCUUCCGACCUACCACCGCCUUCACCUCCCUGGCCACCGGCUACUCCAGCUCCCAGGGCUCCUCCCUGCCCGUGGAUACCAUGGAUGUUUUCGGAGACAUCCCUUCCCCGGGGAGGGACGGCGAGGAGAUUCUCCAACCGGAGCCGACAUCCACCACGGUAGCUGCUACGGGAAAACGUCCAUCUCCACCCGGGGACGCUGCUGCACCUGAGAGGCUCGAGGCUCUGAAAUACCAGCGGAUAAAGAAGCCCAAAAAGUCAUCCAAGGGCUCCUCGAAAUCCAGAAAACAAGCCAAUGGCUCUGCCUCCCAGGUUCAGCACCUUCCCAGCUCUCAGGUACUGUGGCCUGACGAAGCUGUCUGCCUCCGCAAGAAGAAGAGACACCCUCGUCAGGACCCCUUCGCCCGCCUCUCGGCGCUGAAGGACGACCUCUGCCACCGGCAGCUCCCUGAAGACCAGACAGCCAUUCUCAACAGCGUGGACCACGACGACACCAGUGGGCAUGCCACCCUGCUUUAGCCCAGAGCUGGCCUGAGAAGGUUAAACAGGAGAGGGUGGAGGGAGCCAGCGCUGCGCCGGGGGCUGGAGCCUGGCCGUGCAAGGCUGUGCCACCGCCAGGGUCGUGUCCUUCCUCUUUGCCCUGCCCAGGAGCCCUGUGGUUUCCCCCUUGGUAAUGCUGUUCUAACUCUUCACCUGAAUGUAUUUCCUCUUCUGAGCACUUCAGGCAGGUGGCUGAUGGUUUUCUGGAUUGCAUAGGCCUUUUUUCUUUUCGGGGGAGGGGGGGGUUGCUGUUUGUGUUUUGGUUUUUUUUUGUGAGCAGGAAAGCUGUAGUCCUGUCUGGGAACAGCUGGGCUCGCUCUCCUGCUCUGCCUCCACUCUGACUGCGUGGCCUUGGGCAAGUCACUCAAACCUCUCUGUGCCUCAGUUCUCCCAUCUGUAAAAUGGGGAUAAAGUCAUAUCUGAGCACUUUGGACAAGCACUGGGUCACCUCCAGACCGCAAGUGCUGCCUAGAUGCUGAGUGCUAAUACCAAGUGAUCCCUCCUUGGAAAACACUUAGAGAAGUUUGUUUGUUGUUGGGUUGUUUUUGUUUCUGUUUCGUUUGAAGUGGUAAUCCCAACCACUGCAUCCAGGUUUGCACACUUCUUCCUCUGCGGUAAAGUGCUAAACCCUCCAGCCUGCCUGGGAAUAAAAGCACCAAGUGUCUCCUGGUGGAUAUUCCUGCUUUGAGUGGAUUCAGGCUGUGGAAGAAGCAUCAGCAGAAUCCAGGAGCCUGUAGGCAUGGGUUUGCCCCGGGCUCUCCAUUUGCAUAGGAAACUUUUGUUUAUUCCCAGGUGUUUUGAGCCGCUGGGGCCCCCCCUGCUUUUCAUGGUCUUCGACCUUUAAAGGCUGGAGCCGCAGCCCUCUCUCUUUCAGCCGUGUACCUGCCACGCUGCUGGAGUGGGGAAUCCCGCCCGGGCGCCUCCUGGAAGCAGCUCUUCCCUAAAAACCAUCCUUAACUCCUUCCCCCGCUAGACCGAGUUACCUCGCCAUAGACUCGGGCCGCGCUUUGGCAGACGGGCUCCCGCUUGGCACCCUCCUCGCUUCUCCCAGCCCUCUGGCUUCCGUUCAGGGGGUCGCUUCCUCUCUCCUCCCUGCGGACCUGGGACAUCGAAGCUGUGUCAGAUGAUGCCAAACGCUUCCCUCAUUUCAUCCCUGUUUGAACUCCGUUUCGCUUUGGUGGUUUGCAAACACAGCUGCUGCUGCUGCUUUCUUUUUUUCUUUUCCUUCUUCCCCCCCUUCCCCUUUUUGUUUUUUGUGCUGCAAAAUAUAUCUUGAUUUUUAUCUCCCUGG